GAGAGCGCGCGCGCGCGCGAGAGAGAGAGAGAGAGAGAGAGCGAGAGAGAGAGGAAGUUUGUCUUCCUCAUCACCGACGGAUCGUGCACUUCACCUCUUCAACAACCGAGUGAUCAUACGGAAAUGUAAAAGUAAGAUGUUAAGUCCAACGAGUCCAGCCCAGAAGAACCUCAGUGAAGAGGACAGCUCUGGAUCUGAUGCCGGGUCAGAGGUUGGUCUGGAACCUGAGACAGACCGCUUUGGCUUCAUUCUGACAAAUGGAUCCACAGCUGGGAGUGUGGGUCCAGCCCCUGAGUUGGUCAGGCAGAGGGAGACCAAGUGGAUAAAUAUCAUUAGCCAAUGGGAUCGCAUCUUGUUGAAGAAGACCAGCAAGGUCAAAGUGCAGUGUCAGAAAGGCAUCCCAGCCUCACUCAGAGCAAAGUGCUGGCCUCUGCUGUGUGGUGCUACUGACAAGAUGAAACAACAUGAAAACCUCUACAAGUCUCUGGACUCGCAACCCGCCCUGCAGAGCUGGGUGGAUGUGAUCGAGAGAGACCUGGACCGGCAGUUCCCUUUCCACGAAAUGUUCCUUUCCAAGGAUGGACAUGGGCAGCGUGGUUUGUUCCGGGUGUUGAAAGCUUAUACUCAAUACCAACCAGAAGAAGGUUACUGCCAGGCACAGGGGCCCGUGGCCGCAGUGCUGCUGAUGAACAUGCCUGCUGAGGAGGCCUUCUGGUGUCUGGUGCAGAUUAGUGAGCAGUACCUGCCUGGAUACUAUAGCCCUCUGCUGGAGGGAGUCCUGUUUGAUGCGGCCAUGCUGACCUGGGUCUUGAAAAGGACGUGUCCGGCUGCACACAAACACCUGCAGCACCACGGAGUGGAGCCCCUCAUGUUCGCCACCGACUGGCUGAUGUGUCUCUUCACACGUCACCUGCCCUUCAACACACUGCUCCGAGUCUGGGACCUCUUUUUCUGCUAUGGGGUGCGGGUGCUGCUGCAGGUGGCGGCGGUGCUGGUGCGUCGGGUGCUGGGCCGAGCCGAGCAGAGGAAGCAGUGUCAGGGACAAAUGGAGACUCUGGAGAGGCUGAGGGGCAUCAGGGAGGAGGUCCAAGAGGAAGACGACUCCUUCAUAGCAGAGGUGUGCUCGGUGCAGCUGUCAGCCAGAGAUCUGGAGAAGCAUACUGAGAAGGAGUUAGAAAAGUGGAGGAGAGACAGACCCUCAUCCACCUUCGACCCCAGAGGUCGCUGCCAGGGUUACCGGAUGGCAUGGGCCAGGGCUCGACAGAACGAGGAAGAGCGGGAGAGGAAAGCAAGAGAGAAAGGGAACCUGUCCGUCCCUCUUGCUCGCUCGGCCUCCACUCUCUCGCUGUCUCCCUCCCUUCUUCACAAAAGGUGGAGGAAAGGGGGAAAGACGAACACACGCGAAUGGGAAGGUAACAGCAGAGUUGUGAGGCAUCUAUCAAUGGGAGCAAAGGAGGACUGGAGGAGCUGGGCCGAGUUAAAUUUCAAAAAGGUGCAGGGCGUUCAGGAGGAGGAAGACUUAGUUUUAGAGGAACAUAAAAAACAGAAUGAGCCGAAGCUCACAGAACAAACUGAACAGAAAGAACUUUUAGAACGUGAAAAGAUAGAAAUCCUGAACAUGCCAACAGAGCAUGUAGAAGAAACAGUCAUUGUAAAAGAACAGAUUAAACAAGUGGAAACAAUAAUCACUGUAAAGGAGGAACCGCAACUCAAAGAGACAGAAGAAAGCAAAGCACUUUCAAACCAGACCGAAGAAACAAAUGUUGAGACCGAACUAAUCCAAGAUCCAGCCAAAGAUCAGACUGUUGAAAAUAUUAUUCAGCCCACUGAACACAAACAGGGAGAGGAGCUGGACUCUUAUAGCCAGUCACAAGUUUGGGAACAGAGUCACAACAGCAAGCAUUUGGAAAUUGAGGUAAAAGACGUAAAUAAAAAGACAGAAAAACAAGUGGAAGAAAGUGAACAUACCGCUGCUGUGGGGGGAACUCAGACUGAGAUACAUAAAGAUGCCUAUGCAGAUGAAAACAAAGAGGUGGAGACGCAAGAUAGUGUAUACUCAAGUGAGGAAGAUAUGAUUCAGGUUGACAUGAAACCAGAAGAGAGCACAGAAACUGAAAAUGUGGACACAGUGACAAGUCCAGGCUUAGAGACAGACAGUAAAGCGGAAGAACCAACUGUCAAAGAUCCUACAGUAGAGACAGAGACACAACAGCAACAGCCAGAAGUGAUCACAGAGACAGACGGAAGCCCACAGAGAGAUACAUUUGAAGAAAAAUACCACAGCACAGAGUCAUUAGCAGGAACAGGCAUGAACGAAGAGUCCCACACCCAAACAGAGACAGCAACUAAUGUACUGGCACAGACCCAAGAACAAGCAGAGGAAAAUGCAGCCACACACAAACUGGAAGCUGAAAUAGUACACAUAGAUUCAGACCAACACAUAGAUUCAAAGACAGAAGCAGAAACAUUAAUACUUUGUUUACCUAAAUGCAUCCAACCUAAACACGGCACCGGCUUAGUAGCUGAUACAGAGACUGAAGCAGAAAUACUAGUUGCAAACGACAUAGUGAGGGAGUCACGUGAAUGUGAUGUACUAGCAUCUGAACCUACACAGGAGGAAGAAGAAAGAAGUUUGACUGCACACUCAGAUGCACAGGUUGACAAUGAUCAAACAGAAACUGAGAAUAGUGACUUGAUAGCACCUCCUUGCACACAGGCUGAAGAAGUGACUCUCAUGGCCGAGCCUGAUGGAAAGACGAGUUCAGUAGAAACGGGUACCUCUGAAGAACCUGCACCUGAACGACCAACAAGCCAGGUCACUUUGGGUGAUGUGGUUGAGGAAGAAAGCACAGAAAAUGUUCAAGAAAACCCUGAAGUAAAAGAUGUCCUGAUUUCUACUAAACCAACAGACUCUUUAAAUACUGACAGCAACCCACAAGUCCAAGACAAAGAUUCCCACCUUGUGAAAGACCAAACUGAGCCCAAUAACAGCAGCCUGACACAAGCCCCCGGGCAUCGAAGCAGCCGGUCUUCCGGAGAUUUGUGCGUUCGUAAGUCACCCAAAUCCCGUGGGUCCAGGUUAGCGCGUAGACUCUCUGAAGAUCUCUUCAUCAUGCCAGAGAAAACUGGCAAAUCACAAUCUACUCUCAAUCACCCAGAAGUUAAACACAGUGAGUCACAGUCCAAUCCUGGAGCUGCAAACCCAACCCAAAGUCCUCCUGAUGUGACUUCAGAAGUCACCUCGUCACCGUUUGCAGAAGUGACUGAGAGGACAGCGGUACAACAGGAGCCGCUGCCGCCUCCCAACCCCUCUAAACGUUUUGGUCUCUUCUGCAGACUGAGAGGAGAGCAGCCUAAAAAGGCAAAAGGGACACCCAAAAUUCAAGUCCCCAAAAUCUUGAUUCAGGACUUCAGUGAUGGAUCAGGGACGGGGAAACAGGUUGAGGAAGAGGGGGAGGAGAAACUGAGCUCCAGGGAAAGGAGGAUGAGGCGGAGGGUCCGAGAAAGAAGGGAGAAAGAGGAAGAGAGGUUGAGAAAAAAGAGAGAGAAGGAGCUGGGGAAGGAAAAAGAGCAAGAGAGUAGGAAACCGCAGACAAGGGGAAAAAGUUUCCAGGUGCAAAGAGAGAAAGGGAGCAGUGACGUGACUCAACAUGCAAAGCCUGGAUCACAGACACUUAGACAUUCUGCUUCUAAUGCUGAAUCUUACUUUUGAC